AUCCCGUACAAUAGCGACAAUAACAAGAUGCAAAAAAAAAAUAGAUACGAAUCAUUUUCCAUUAAUUAUUUUCUCUUUGAGCGUACGUACAUUCAUCGAAAAAUAUUAUUAUAAGAAAAAAAAAAAAAAAAAUUAUUUUUUUUUUUGAUCGUGAAUAAUAAUAAUAAUCAUGGCCAAUAAAUUACCGAAUGAAAUAUUACUUGACAUAUUUACAAGAUUAUAUCAUGAACAUGAAAUGAGUUUUCCCGAAUUAUUUCAAUUACGAAGGACAUGUAAAAGAUGGAAUAAUUUAAUUCCAAUAGUAAUUUCCGAUGAAUUAUUACAAUAUUAUGAAGACGGAUGGCUUUUCAUGUUUAAAACGACGAAUGAAAAUGAAAAGAAUAAUCAAAACAAAAAAAAGAAUAAAGAAACCAAAGAAUCAAAACAAAUUUUUGCAGAUUUCAUUAGAUACGAUUCAACAUGCCAAACAUUUGAUUUUGAAUUUAAUGAUGAAUGUAAAGCGUUAUUCGAAAAAAAGAAAUUAAUUGAAGUGUGGGUGACACAUGUGAAUAAUGCAAUAUAUUUUUAUAUUGGUAGUAUUAAAAUGUUAAUUAAUAAUAAUAAUAAUAAUAAUAACAAUAAUAAUAAUAACAAUAAUAAUAAUAAUAACAAUGAUAAAUUAAGGGAAGAUAUAUGUUGUUUUAAAGGAAUUAAUGGGGAAAAAAGUUACGGAAUUUUAGGUAAAGAAGGUACAAAAGAUAAAUUUCAUAUACAAUAUAUGAAAGUUAAAGAUGUUAUACUUUUAAAAGUUUUAGAAGUUUUUAGAAAGUUCGAUAAAUGUUGAAAAAAGAUUUUUAUGAAUAUAGAAAUUAAAAUAGUAUAAUGGACUAAUUACUUGCAUUGUUUUGUGAUACUGAUAUACAAUUUAUACAAUUAAUCAAUUAUACGAAUUGUCCGCGUUUUUAUUUUUAUAGUAACACAUUACCCAUUUUCGUAUAUCCUAUACAAAUCGGUAUAAUUCUAUAAUUCAUUAAAAUUAAUCGUCACGCAAAUCAAUUAUAACGUGAUUGUAAAAUGGAAAAUGAUUACUAAAUAUAGUAUAAUAAGACAUGUUAGAGUUUUAAGAUCUAUAUUCUAUAAUUCUGUGCAGCGAAGCAAUAGAGAUUUUUAUCUACAAAUUCUGCAUUAAAAUUUACAUAUGAUUUUAAUUUAGAAUGUUCUAAUUUGAAUAAUGUUUAAACUAAAUUUUUUGUAAAACUCAAGUGUGAAACGGUUUAUAAUUC